AUGAUGAUGAUGAUGAUGAUGAAAAACAUGCACCAUCAACGGCAGCAGCAAGCGGACCACGCGAACGAGGCAAACUAUGCAAGAGGCACCAGACUCCCUCUUUCUGGUGAAGGACCAACUUCUCAGCCGAAUAGCUCCAAGCAAACCGUCCUAUCUUGGCAAGCUGCGAUCGAUGCUGCCAGACAGGCCAAGGCUGCCCAGACGAUGAGCACCUCCGCACCCCCACCUGUGGGAUCUCUCUCCCAAAGAAAACGUCAGCAAUACGCCAAGAGCAAAAAACAGGGUAACUCAUCCAACAGCCGACCUGCCCGCGCCCUCUUCUGUUUGUCACUCAAUAACCCCAUCCGAAGAGCCUGCAUUAGUAUAGUGGAAUGGAAACCAUUUGACAUAUUUAUAUUAUUGGCUAUUUUUGCCAAUUGUGUGGCCUUAGCUAUUUACAUCCCAUUCCCUGAAGAUGAUUCUAAUUCAACAAAUCAUAACUUGGAAAAAGUAGAAUAUGCCUUCCUGAUUAUUUUUACAGUCGAGACCUUUUUGAAGAUUAUAGCGUAUGGAUUAUUGCUACAUCCUAAUGCUUAUGUUAGGAAUGGAUGGAAUUUACUGGAUUUUGUUAUAGUAAUAGUAGGAUUGUUUAGUGUAAUUCUGGAACAAUUAACCAAAGAAACAGAAGGCGGUAACCACUCCAGUGGCAAGUCAGGAGGCUUCGACGUCAAAGCCCUCCGCGCCUUUCGGGUGUUACGACCACUUCGACUAGUGUCAGGAGUGCCCAGUUUACAAGUUGUCCUGAACUCCAUUAUAAAAGCCAUGGUUCCCCUCCUUCACAUAGCCCUUUUGGUAUUAUUUGUAAUCAUAAUCUAUGCUAUUAUAGGAUUGGAACUUUUUAUUGGAAAAAUGCACAAAACAUGUUUUUUUGCUGACACAGAUAUCCUAGCUGAAGAGGACCCAGCUCCGUGUGCGUUCUCAGGGAAUGGACGCCAGUGUGCCGCCAAUGGCACGGAGUGUAGGAGUGGCUGGGUUGGCCCAAACGGAGGCAUCACCAACUUUGAUAACUUUGCCUUUGCCAUGCUCACCGUGUUUCAGUGCAUCACCAUGGAGGGCUGGACAGACGUGCUCUACUGGGUAAAUGAUGCGAUAGGAUGGGAAUGGCCAUGGGUGUAUUUUGUUAGUCUGAUCAUCCUUGGCUCAUUUUUCGUCCUUAACCUGGUUCUUGGUGUCCUUAGUGGAGAAUUCUCAAAGGAGCGAGAGAAGGCUAAAGCCCGGGGAGAUUUCCAGAAGCUCCGGGAGAAGCAGCAGCUGGAGGAGGAUCUAAAGGGCUACUUGGACUGGAUCACCCAAGCCGAAGACAUUGAUCCUGAGAACGAGGAGGAAGGAGGAGAGGAAAGCAAACGAAACACCAGCAUGCCCACCAGCGAGACGGAGUCGGUGAACACGGAGAACGUAAGUGGCGGAGGCGAGAACCAAGGCGGCUGUGGCAGUCUCUGGUGCUGGUGGAAAAGAAGAGGCACGGCCAAGGCUGGGCCCUCUGGGUGUCGGCGGUGGGGCCAAGCCAUCUCAAAAUCCAAGCUCAGCCGCCGCUGGCGCCGCUGGAACCGCUUCAAUCGCAGAAGAUGUCGGGCUGCUGUGAAGUCUGUCACGUUUUACUGGCUGGUUAUUGUCCUGGUGUUCCUCAACACCUUAACCAUUUCCUCUGAGCACUACAACCAGCCCGACUGGCUGACGCAGAUUCAAGAUAUCGCUAACAAAGUCCUCCUGGCUCUGUUCACCUGCGAGAUGCUGGUGAAAAUGUAUAGCUUGGGUCUCCAGGCGUAUUUCGUUUCUCUCUUUAACCGGUUUGACUGCUUCGUGGUGUGCGGUGGGAUCACCGAGACCAUCUUGGUGGAGCUGGAAAUCAUGUCUCCCCUGGGGAUCUCUGUGUUUCGCUGUGUGCGCCUCUUGAGGAUUUUCAAGGUGACCAGGCACUGGACUUCCCUGAGCAACUUAGUGGCCUCCUUGUUAAACUCCAUGAAGUCCAUUGCUUCGCUACUGCUUCUGCUUUUUCUCUUCAUCAUCAUCUUUUCCUUGCUUGGGAUGCAGCUGUUUGGUGGCAAGUUUAAUUUCGACGAAACACAAACCAAGCGGAGCACCUUUGACAAUUUCCCGCAAGCCCUUCUAACGGUAUUCCAGAUCCUGACAGGGGAAGACUGGAACGCUGUGAUGUAUGACGGCAUCAUGGCCUACGGCGGCCCCUCCUCGUCGGGGAUGAUCGUCUGCAUCUACUUCAUCAUCCUCUUCAUUUGUGGUAACUAUAUCCUACUGAACGUCUUCUUGGCCAUUGCUGUAGACAAUCUGGCUGACGCUGAAAGUUUGAAUACUGCCCAGAAGGAGGAAGCCGAAGAGAAGGAAAGGAAAAAGAUUGCCAGAAAAGAGAGCCUGGAGAAUAAAAAGAACAACAAACCAGAAGUCAACCAGAUAGCCAACAGUGAUAAUAAGGUUACAAUUGAUGACUAUCGAGAAGAGGAUGAAGACAAGGACCCCUACCCACCUUGUGAUGUGCCAGUAGGGGAAGAGGAAGAGGAGGAGGAGGAGGAUGAACCUGAGGUCCCUGCUGGCCCCCGUCCUCGCAGAAUCUCAGAGUUGAACAUGAAAGAGAAAAUCGCCCCCAUUCCUGAAGGGAGUGCGUUCUUCAUUCUGAGCAAGACCAACCCGAUCCGCGUGGGCUGCCACAAACUCAUCAACCACCACAUCUUCACCAACCUCAUCCUUGUCUUCAUCAUGCUCAGCAGCGCUGCCCUUGCCGCGGAGGACCCCAUCCGCAGCCACUCCUUCAGGAACACUAUACUGGGUUACUUUGACUAUGCGUUUACAGCCAUCUUUACCGUUGAAAUCCUGUUAAAGAUGGCGACGUUUGGAGCUUUCCUCCACAAAGGGGCUUUCUGCAGGAACUAUUUCAAUCUGCUGGAUAUGCUGGUUGUUGGGGUGUCCCUGGUAUCAUUCGGGAUCCAAUCCAGCGCUAUCUCCGUCGUGAAGAUUCUAAGGGUUUUAAGGGUCCUGCGGCCGCUCAGGGCGAUCAACAGAGCAAAAGGACUUAAGCAUGUGGUCCAGUGCGUCUUCGUGGCCAUCCGGACCAUCGGCAACAUCAUGAUCGUCACUACCCUUCUCCAGUUCAUGUUCGCCUGCAUCGGGGUCCAGUUGUUCAAGGGGAAGUUCUAUCGCUGUACAGAUGAAGCCAAAAGUAACCCUGAAGAGUGCAGGGGGCUUUUCAUCCUCUACAAGGAUGGGGAUGUUGAUAACCCUGUGGUCCGUGAGAGGAUCUGGCAAAAUAGUGAUUUCAACUUCGACAACGUCCUUUCUGCUAUGAUGGCGCUGUUCACGGUCUCCACAUUUGAGGGCUGGCCUGCGUUGCUGUAUAAAGCCAUCGACUCGAACGGAGAGAAUGUCGGCCCCGUCUACAACUACCGCGUGGAGAUCUCCAUCUUCUUCAUCAUCUACAUCAUCAUCGUGGCUUUCUUCAUGAUGAACAUCUUUGUGGGCUUCGUCAUCGUCACAUUUCAGGAGCAGGGAGAGAAAGAGUAUAAGAACUGUGAGCUGGACAAAAAUCAGCGUCAGUGUGUCGAAUACGCCUUGAAGGCACGUCCCUUGCGGAGAUACAUCCCCAAAAACCCCUACCAGUACAAGUUCUGGUACGUGGUGAACUCCUCGCCUUUCGAAUACAUGAUGUUUGUCCUCAUCAUGCUCAACACACUCUGCUUGGCCAUGCAGCACUACGAGCAGUCCAAGAUGUUCAACGACGCCAUGGACAUCCUGAACAUGGUCUUCACGGGGGUGUUCACCGUCGAGAUGGUUUUGAAAGUCAUCGCAUUUAAACCUAAGGGGUAUUUUAGUGACGCCUGGAACACGUUUGACUCCCUCAUCGUAAUCGGCAGCAUAAUAGACGUGGCCCUCAGCGAAGCCGACCCAACUGAAAGUGAAAAUGUCCCUGUCCCAACUGCCACACCCGGGAACUCUGAAGAGAGCAAUAGAAUCUCCAUCACCUUUUUCCGUCUUUUCCGAGUGAUGCGGUUGGUGAAGCUUCUCAGCAGGGGGGAAGGCAUCCGGACGUUGCUGUGGACUUUUAUAAAGUCCUUUCAGGCACUGCCCUAUGUCGCCCUCCUCAUAGCCAUGCUGUUCUUCAUCUACGCGGUGAUUGGCAUGCAGAUGUUUGGGAAGGUUGCUAUGAGAGAUAACAACCAGAUCAACAGGAACAACAAUUUCCAGACGUUUCCCCAGGCGGUGCUGCUGCUCUUCAGGUGUGCCACGGGUGAAGCCUGGCAGGAAAUCAUGCUGGCCUGCCUCCCCGGGAAGCUCUGCGACCCUGAGUCGGACUACAACCCUGGAGAGGAGUACACGUGUGGGAGUAACUUUGCCAUUGUUUAUUUCAUCAGUUUUUACAUGCUCUGCGCAUUUCUGAUCAUCAACCUGUUUGUGGCUGUCAUCAUGGACAACUUUGAUUAUCUGACCCGGGACUGGUCUAUUCUGGGGCCUCACCAUUUAGAUGAAUUCAAAAGAAUAUGGUCGGAAUAUGACCCUGAGGCAAAAGGAAGGAUCAAGCACCUCGAUGUGGUCACACUGCUCCGCCGCAUCCAGCCUCCCCUGGGGUUUGGGAAACUGUGCCCACACAGAGUAGCCUGUAAGAGACUAGUGGCCAUGAACAUGCCUCUCAACAGUGAUGGGACGGUCAUGUUUAAUGCAACCCUGUUUGCUUUGGUUCGAACAGCUCUUAAAAUCAAGACAGAAGGGAACCUAGAACAAGCGAAUGAAGAACUCCGAGCUGUGAUCAAGAAAAUCUGGAAGAAAACCAGCAUGAAACUGCUUGACCAAGUUGUCCCUCCAGCUGGUGAUGAUGAGGUAACCGUGGGGAAGUUCUAUGCCACUUUCCUGAUACAGGACUACUUUAGGAAAUUCAAGAAACGGAAAGAACAAGGCCUGGUGGGAAAGUACCCUGCGAAGAACACCACCAUUGCCCUACAGGCAGGAUUAAGGACACUGCAUGACAUUGGGCCAGAAAUCCGGCGUGCUAUAUCAUGUGAUUUGCAAGAUGACGAGCCGGAGGAAACAAAACGAGAAGAAGAAGAAGAUGUAUUCAAAAGAAAUGGUGCCCUGCUUGGAAACCAUGUCAAUCAUGUUAAUAGUGAUAGGAGAGACCCCCUUCAGCAGACCAAUACCACCCACCGUCCCCUGCAUGUCCAAAGGCCUUCAGUUCCACCUGCAAGUGAUACUGAGAGACCGCUGUUUCCUCCAGCAGGAAAUUCGGGGUGUCCUAGCCAUCAUAACCAUAAUUCCAUAGGAAAGCAAGCUCCCAGCUCAACAAAUGCCAAUCUCAAUAAUGCUAAUAUGUCCAACGCUGCCCCUGGGAGGCGGCCCAGCCUUGGGAACCUUGAGCAUGUGUCUGAAAAUGGGCGUCGCUCCUCCCACAAGCAUGAUCGGGAGCCUCAAAGAAGGUCCAGUAUUAAAAGAACCCGCUAUUAUGAAACUUACAUUAGGUCUGACUCAGGGGAUGAGCAGUUCCCCACUAUCUGCCGGGAAGAUCCGGAGAUCUGUGGCUACUUCAGGGACUCCCGCUGCCUGGAGGAGCAGGAGUAUUUCAGCGGGGAGGAGGGCUAUGAGGAUGCCGGCUCACCAACCGGGAGCAGGCAGAACUACAGCUACUACAGCCGAUACCCUGGUGGCAGCUGGGACUUUGAGCGGCCCCAAGGCUACCAUCACCCCCAAGGCUUCUUGGAGGAUGAGGACUCACCCAUUUGCUAUGAUUCCCGGAGAUCUCCAAGGAGACGCCUACUACCUCCCACCCCGACAUCCCACAGGAGAUCCUCCUUCAACUUCGAGUGCCUGCGGCGGCAGAGCAGCCAGGAGGAGGUCCCACCGUCCCCCGCUGUGCCCCGCCGCACAGCCCUGCCUCUGCACCUGAUGCAGCAACAGAUCAUGGCAGUUGCAGGCCUGGAUUCCAGUAAAGCCCAGAAGGACUCGCCAAGCCACUCAACCCGGUCAUGGGCCACUCCUCCGGCAACCCCUCCAUACCGGGACUGGACGCCGUGCUAUGCACCCCUGAUCCAGGUGGAGCGACCGGAGGCCCUGGAUCAGGUCAACGGCAGCCUGCCAUCCCUGCACCGGAGCUCAUGGUACACGGACGAGCCUGGCAUCUCGUACCGAACAUUCACACCAGCCAGCCUGACCGUCCCCAGCAGCUUCCGCAACAAGAACAGUGACAAGCAGAGGAGUGCAGACAGCCUGGUGGAGGCGGUCCUGAUAUCUGAAGGCUUAGGACGGUAUGCAAGGGACCCAAAAUUUGUAUCGGCAACAAAACACGAAAUAGCCGAUGCCUGUGACCUGACCAUCGAUGAGAUGGAGAGUGCAGCCAGCAACCUGCUCAACGGGACUGUGCAUCCCCGGGCUAACGGGGGCAUGGGCCCCGUCUCCCACCGGCAGGACUAUGAACUCCAGGACUUUGGGCCGGGCUACAGCGAUGAAGAGCCCGACCCUGGAAGAGAUGAGGAGGACCUGGCAGAUGAAAUGAUCUGCAUCACCACCCUGUAGCCCCCAGGGAGGGGCGGACUGGCUCUGGCCUCAGGUGGGGUGCCGGAGGGCCAGGGAAAAAGUGCCUCGUAGUUAGGAAAGGUUAGGCACUAGUGUGGAGUCUGUAUUCAAUUAGACUUUUGUACAAGUGAUGUCAUGCCUCAUGGAAGCCAUAAACCUGGUAGGGGAUAGCCGUGUACCCAUGCCCAGCCCCAGCUGUGGGAAGCAGCAGGUCGAGCCCUCCAGGGGAGGACCUGUGAGGAGGUGGGAUAAGCCCUGCCCACUUUUCCAGCACGCCCCUGGGGCUUUCACCUGCACCCACCCACCAGCUGGCACAGUGGGGAAGGUCAAGGUGAUGACGAUCACCACACCUGUGUCAUUACCUCAGCCAUCGGUCUAGCAUAUCAGACAUUUACUGGGCCCAGCAUAUCCAUUUUUAAACCCUUUCCCCCCAAAUACACUGCUUCCUGGUUUCUGUUUAGCUGUUUGGAAAUACAGUGUGUGAAUCAGGACCUACCUACCAGCCGUCAUCUGGAGAGGGGAGCAGGACCUUAUACACAAGGUUUUCUGUUACGUGACCCCGGUUUACAAGAGAGUGUCACUCAGUCGGUUUCUGACUGUCAGCUCAAGGGCAACUGUAAACUGGAAUAAUCAUGCACUCGCAACCAGGUAAACUUAGAUACGCUAGUUUGUUUAAAAAUUAUAGAUUACUGUACAUGACUUGUAAUAUACUAUAAUUUGUAUUUGUAAAGAGAUGGUCUAUAUUUUGUAAUUAUUGUACCGUAUUUGAACUGCAGCAAUACCCAUGGGUCCUAAUAAUUGUAGUUCCCCACUGAAAUUUAGAAAUUACUAGCAUUUUUACUUGGGCUGUACAGAAGUAGAAGAAACAGAGCCAAUUCUCAUUUAUUCCGUGAAAAUCUGGGGAUGAAAUUUUAAGUUCAAAAGAACUCGGGACUAUAGAGAUUUUUUCUAAAAAUAUUUGGAGUCACUCUAAAUCUACCUUUACACAAGAUAUACCAGAUGAUGAUUUACAGCCUUUGCUUUGGGCAAGAAUUCUGGGAUUUGAUAGUGUACCUUUGGUCCACCAUGGGUCGCAGCGGUCUGUGACUUUACUGAGCCUCCGAUAAGCUCAUCCUGUCGGUCAAGCCGGUUACUCUGACCCUGUGGCAUUCACAGCGGCACCUCUGCUGCCCCCACAAGACCUCUUUGGCAUCUCUGGUGUCGAAAUGAUGGCACAGGUGGAUGGAGUUCCUCUGCUCUUGCUCCCUGAGGAUGGCUGCUGCUCCUUGUCCUGAACAGGGGUGCUGGGGG